AGGCGUCCGCGGUGUCCGUAUCGCGUUUGCGACGGUGUUUUCCGCUGAUAAACAAACACGCUACACCGGCAAAGUGUUUACGCGUCUCGCAAACACUGUACAUAAACAUAUUAUUUAUUUAUUUGUUUUUCGAAUUCGCUACACUGGUGUCGCGUUACCGGGGUCCGUCAGACCGUGCGCCGUCUGCGUCGUCGAUGUUUUCGCAUUUCCCGCUGGACGUUGCCGUUUAAACGGCCGAGUGCUUUCCGGCACGACGAACCGCACGGAAUCGCCCGCCCCGCAGAUAACAGUUUGAAAUCGUUACCGUCCCGGGGCUAGCCGACCGAUCGCGGUGAGUAUACACAAUAAUAACAAUAAUAACAAUAAUAACAAUAAUAACAAUAAUGACAAUGACAGUAAUAUUAAUAACCUACCGAUGAUGCGGACUCGCGUGCGCCGUCUCCGUCUUUUGCGGCGAAUUCGUGCCGUUAGUUAUUUGAUUGACGUUCGAGACGUAGACGACAGAUAAGAACACGCAAUCCGCGCGGGUUUUCCCCCCGAUAUUUGACGUUUUCGAGCGACGCGCGAGCACAACAAUUCGAGAGAGAGAGAGAGAGAGAGAGAGAGAUGUUCUCGGUUAGAAAUUGAAAUAACGAAAAACUCUCGCACGGACUCGAUGGUCUUCGCGGUCGUUUCGUACAGCCCGAUACUGCUAUACUUUGUUGGAGAAUAUUUACGUUCACGGUUAUAAUUGUCGAGAUUAAUGUUCGCACGAAAACGCAUUAUUACUGUUGUUGCAGGGCCGCGUUUAGUGUUUUGGCGCCCACGGACUACAACUGUUUCCGUGCGCCCCCCCCCCUCCCUUCACAUUUUCUCGCGAACGUCUGUUCUCGCAAACUCAAUUGUUUUUUACAAACGGCCGUACGUACUUUACUGCUGUGACUUAAAAGUUGGCAAACCUACAAGGCAGUGUUCGGUAAUAGUAUAUUUUGAAUAAAAUCAGUUCUUAAAAACUAUUAUAAUAUAAUUGUAAAAGUAGAACGAUAAAUAAAUCGUGAUAAAAUACGAGUAUAGAAAGUAUAGAAAAUAAGUUGGAAAUUACUAAACGCCAGAAAAAAAAAAAAAAAAAAAAAGCGAUUUUUUUAAACCAUUUUUUUCGGCACCCCUAAAAAGUUGCGCCCCGGGCGAUUGCCCACCCGAGCCACUCCCUAAAUACGGCCCUGGGCCCCUUUUCGGGGGGCUAAGUGUGCGUGCACCGUCUACACUAGCGUUAAUCCGGACCUGGUAUCACGUCGUGUUAAUUUUGCUUCGCGGUUUCGUGCGUACACAGAGAUACAGGCUAGGUUACCCACUUUGAUAUUAUUGUUAUUGUUAUUUGAUAUGCCGGCGAAUAUUCACUCGCACCGUAUAAUCGAAAAUAAAUCGAAUAAACGUAAUAAUAAGGUACUUGUAUGCGGACAAAUUGCCCAAAUUAAUAAUUCGAGCGUACCUAUAAAGCAUUAUACUAUUAUAAUGGAACGUAUUUGAUUUUAUUACGAUGUUAUUAGAACCCCACCAUCCCCCAGACGCGCAUACACAAACACCCACCCGCCCGCCCGCCCACGGAUACGUAAUUUUUUAUUAUUUUUUUUUUUUUGAAAAUAUACCCACCGAGAUUUAAAUUGGCGUUUAUUAUUUGUUAUGCACUUUCGCUCGCGCAUUCUUCAUUUAUAAUACAACGAAGUGCCUAUCUAUAUCUAUCGAAGUAUGUAUACCCAUAAUAUAUUAUUACGUUACGGUAACCGGUAUUUUUUUCAAUUUACAAAAUAUUGUCGUAUAAACUAAUUUAAUUCGAAUUUAAACAAAUAACGCUUGUUACGUACAGAAAUCUAUACUUAUAUAGAUAGGUAUGCUCACCAUCGAAAUUAUACACCUUGGUGUAAUAGGUACACAUAUCUUCGGUCCCGGAGAAGAAGUUUUCAUUACGAGCAAAUUAAAUGUUGAAAAUAUAUUUACUUGCCCAUAAACUAAUACACUGCGUACAAUGAUUUUGAAAAUACAUACUCCUAUGCUAUUUAAACCAACAAAUUAUAGGGGAAAAAAAUUACAUUUGACCAAAUUCUUUCUAAAAAAUGGAUGCCAAAAAUUGACCUAAUUCCCUCUGGAGCCAAAUAAUUAUUAUUAUGUAUUCUCUAUUUAAAUAUAUUCAUUUUCAAGUUGAUCGAUAUUCUAUUCAUGACAUUUGGUAUUUUACGAUUUUUCGACGAUUUUCUAUCUUUAUAUUGUUGUGUACAUUUUUAUUGCCAUUUUGUAUACUGCGGCUGAGUGUAGUGAAGAAGCUAUAAGUUUUAUUAAGACGUGUGUUUUUUCUAAGAAAAUACUUUUAUGGUUCGCCAAAAUUGUCCAAUCAUGCUGUUCUAAAUAUGCAGAUAUUUCACCUGGUUAAAAAUUUAAAAAACUGACAACAAGCUAUGGUACGACGGUUUUAUUAGAUACCGAGUUCCGUUCAUGAUUCCGGCAGUUAUUUUCAAUAUACAUCUAAACUACAUUACUCUAGGUAUGCCCUCUAGUUCUCAACUUCUAAACUACUCACCUGAAACUGUAGGCCCACGGUGCGAAGUGUGUCCGGCUCCUUUUUAUUUUUUUAAAUUUAUUGACAAAGAAAGAAAUUAAAUUUUAUGUAAAAUAGACAAUAUUAAAGUAACAUUAAAAUUUAAAAAAAUAAUAAAAUAAAACCAUUAAAUUAUUUUGUAUUCCGAUAUGGAAUAGAUAAAAAGAUACAUCAUGCGCAAAUUCGUAGGACGUUGGUAUACACGUUUUAAAUUACGCGUAGGUAUUCGAUAUUUACUCUGUCCUUUAUAAAUAAUAUUUAACGUUAUAUUCAUUAAGGCUAAUCAACGUUAAUUUAUUAUACCGCGUUAACGUAGAUUAUUGUAUUAUUGUACGGUCGAAAUUGGUACAUCAAUCAUAAUUAUAUAUUGUUCAAAUCGAACAUGUAUUAAAAAUAAUAAUCGAUAAACACGUAGGUGUUGAUUAGACGUGAAGAAAUGUGAAUAUUAUUAAAUGUUUAAACAGACAUUCAACACGUUUUUUUAAAUUUUUUUUAAACCUUAAACGCAGUAUAUCUCUGUAUGUAUUUCACAUUGACGAGUAGAACAUCUAUUUUUCCGUACAAGGUCCAGCCGCAGCAACAUUGUCCUUUUACUUAUACCGUCAUCACCGAACAAAUCACUAAUACAUUAUAAUUACUUACAAAUUCAAAUUCACAGUUUUAUUGUUCUACAGACUCAAUGGUGUACAUUAAUCUGAAACAAAUGUAUCGGCUUACACUAUCACUACAUUUGAAAUGUAAUGGUGCAAACUCAUCUUUUCGCAUUACCAGACAAUUUUGAAAACUUGUAUUAUAGGUAUCACCUGUCUAUAAUUUCUGUUUUCGAAAUUAAACCUUUAUUUAGUACCUAGGCAAACAAUUCGUAAUUUUAAUUUUUUUUAAAAUUUUUGACGUUGUGUAAAUGUGUGGCACAUACGAGUAGGUACAUCAAGAUAAAUUACGUGAAUUAGAUCCUCUGUGUCCACUACUAUCCCUACAUAAUUUUAUUAUAGUAAAUUUAAUUAAUAAUCGAGUUUUUAAUGUUACUAAUUUUUGACGUUUGUAAAAAAAAAAAGCUGAAAAUCACUUGUUUAUUAGCCAGGAAUUUACCAAGAAAUUUAGUGUAUUGGUGGGUUUGAAAAUUACAUAUUUUAGUGCACCGUCAGAAAUCGAGACUAAUUUACUCCACUGCACAGAUAACAGUCACACACUUCCAUCCGUCCCCGACCCACCAGCCAAUUUGCUUCUGUACACUAACUUUUCUCGAAUAAGACGAUAUUUUUGACUUGAAUUGUCUAGUUGCAGUAUAAUGCGUCUUGUAUAAUAUAAUACAAUGACCUAUUAAAUGUCUGUACGUUAAGCAUGCUUAAUAAUCAAAUGUAAAAAAUUCAAAGACGUGUGAUAGAGAUAAUAAUAUUAUAUUGUCGUAUUUAUAAAAAACGCAAUUAAAUCGUGAAAAAUCACUUUGGAUUAUAAAAUAUAAGACGACGCGUCGGUACAUUGCACGAAAAUAAUAAUUAUGUCGUCUGGGAAUAAUUAUUAUAAUUUGGUAAUAAUAUACUACGCAGUGAAAUCGAUCGAUCGACACGAUAAACGCCUAAAAAACGCAUCGUAACAGUUUUAUUAUUGUGACUUGAUAUUACGUCUUAUGUAUGCCUAGCUGUUUUCGAACAUCUUUUUUAAUCAAAAGGGUCCGGGGGCCCGAGAUCCGCGAUCGUUCUACGCGAUAAGCGAACAAGCUUAUAACCUUUUAUUUUUUUUUAUUUUUUUCAUAUAACAAACACACUAGGGGAAAAACAAAAAAAACCAGUUUGUUACCCAAAUAUUCUCUGCUACCUGCUGUUGUUUUCUGUGGUGUUGUGACGGGCCACACGAUCAAAAUAUCUUCGUAGCUACAGAUGGAUCCGAGGCUCCGAUAGAACGUCCCCGGUACACAUACCGUGAAAACGGAAAUUUGAUUUCGUGGUAACACGAAACUAUAUACCUAAUGUUUUCCAAAUCCCGGGUCGGUCUCCUGGUUAUAAAUUAUAUUUAUUUUCAGACGCUUCUUUUUUAUUCACUUACGAAAUCGCUAUUUCGUUAUCGCGUUUUCAAUUCAUUAUAAUAAUAUGUUUCAAUCAUCGCUCGGUUAUCUUUAGCAAUUAAGACGAACGGUUAUUAUCGAUGAUAGAACGGCAAAAUUGAAGACGCACCGAAAUCGAAACGCAAGGUUAUACGCGUAAACACUCGUUUUCGAAUACAUGCGAAAUAUCACUAUCAUUGUACAAAUCUUAUCACUAAUAUAAUAAUUGAUCAUGAAUUACAAUGCGUAUAAUUUGUUAAUUGUACAGAUAUUGUCAUAUUUUUUUUUUUCUGUGUAGUUUAUCCUGCAUAGCACGUAACUGCAUUAAUGCUUGUAUUGUAUAAUAGCAAAACAAUUGCUAUAACACGAGUGCGAGUAAAUCAGAAAUAUUAAAUAUUUUGUUUAGAUUCUGAGCGAAGCGAGGAACGUAUUGGUUUUGUAUGGGAUUUUUUUGUUUUGCACGUGAACAAGUUUUCGACCGGACAACUUAUUGUUCUAAUCAUCACCCGUCGGGAAUGAUUUCUGAUAACACAUAGUCUCUAUCAUAGUUGGCGCAUUCAGGAGGCCAUUUUUUUUUUUUUUGUUUGUUGUUUUCUUAAUAGUUGGGAAAAAGUCAGAAAAACGAGAAAUUGUAUGCAAUAACGGUUUCUGUUAUUUACGAUUUUGAUUUUUGAUUGUCAUUCGGGGGAAAAACAAUCGUAGGAACCUAAUAUUUGCACGGAAAACUUAAAUCAGCGUUUUUAAACACUCCGACGUUUUCUACGAUAUUAAUAGCUUAGUAAAGUUUAUGGGUUUUUCGGAUUUUGUGGAUAUUAGUCUUUUAAGUUUCGUAGAAAAAUGUUAGAAAAUUGUACACAAGGUUUCUCAUAAGUUAUUCUUACGGUUAUGUAAAUACAUAGAGAAUCCGUUGUCACGGUUUUUCUCCAUAAACAUUUGAAUUUUAAAUGUUCUCGUCAUUUUGUAUAGUAUAUUAUUUUUCCAUUUAUGUGAACUGAAUUCAUCUGACAUCUAUUGAAGGAUUGACCUAUUAUGGACAUCACCACGUGUGAAGUUUUAUACCACAUUUUGGUAGUUUAUAUCAGAAUAAAAAAUAAUUCUACAGCCAGGUACAGAAUAAAGUAAACCGACCGCGAACUUGUUAAAAUUUAACGAUAACUUCUUCUAAGUAUAAACGUCGUAAAACAUCUAGUAAUAAAUCGACGCAUAAAUAUAUUAUAACCGGUCUCCGAUAAUUCCUGUAUAUAUGUUUACAAUAUAUAUUCCAAAAUGUGUAGUUCAUACGCGUCCGUGGCAUAGUACUGAAACUAUUAAACUAUAUAUUGAUUUAAUCUAGUAAAAAACUCCUAAAUAUUUUAUGGGCUGACAAAUAAAAAAGGUGAGGUGUUGAUUCGAUCUGAAUUAAUUCAGUGUUUUUAUCAGGGUUGGUAAUAUACGCAUAUAAAACGUUUUUAACGUUACACGUAUAAAACUUAGUCAUAAUAACGACUAAGACAUUUUUAUUUUUAAGUUAAUUAAAACAGUGAUAAUACUGUACAUUUUAUAUUUUAAUAAGUAUUUAAACUUAUAAAUAAAUAUAAAAAAUUAACAAAUCACAUCAAUUUGGUGAAUUUUCUUAAAUUUAGAAUAAAAUAAAACAAAAAAAUUAUUGUUUGGUAUUGUAAAUAAUAAUGUAGUUAUUUAUAAAAAAUAAAAAUGAACUUAAAAAUGAAUAUAACAAAUUAUCACAUAUAUCUUAAGUAAUUAGUAUAAAAUGUAUGAAAUUAUGAUUAAAAUCAAUUGACAAUUAUUUUUUCUGAUAAUUUAUGUUCAGUCGCAGCCAAAAAGAAAAAAAAAUUGUAUACAGUAUUAAACGUAAACUGCUAAUAGUUUUAUGCAGUAUAUUUUAUACAUUUUAUACAACCGUAUUAUUCGUGUUUUAUAUUUGACUGUAUUAUACGUUCCAUCCCUUUUUUUAUUAUAUUUUUGAUAUUAAUGAGGAAAUUCUCCUUUUUCUUUCGCUAAUCCAGAUUUUACUGAGUACAUAAUCUAUAUAAUGUUGGUACUUUUUUCGGAAAUGCCUGUGAAUUGUAUAAAUCCAAUACGUAUAGAUAAAUUAAUUAAUUUAAUCUUAAUGCAUACGUAUGUGAAAAUAAUUUAAAAAUAUUAAAAACAGUAUUUAUGUUAUAAUCAAGUAUUUGUCAUUUAAAGAGUAUUAAUUCUAAAUUAAUAUUGUUUUUUAAAAAAAAAUGUCUAUGCUGUGUUAAUAUUAUUAACUAUUAUAAAGGUAAAAUUUAUGAUUUCAAGGUCAUCGGUAUUGAACUUCAGCCUUCAUAUUUUAUUAAAUAAUGUAUAGCUACAAAUUCAGAUAAAAACAAUGGUUACGUCAGAACUAUUAUUUGGAUAAAAAAUUAUAUACCUGUAAUUAUAAUAAACUUUGUUAAAUUUUCAUAAAAUUCGUUUCAACAUUAGUUGAACAUAUUAAUUAUACGUUUUUUCUUAAUAAUGGGUUUGACAAUAAUUAUAAUACUAUUUUGAAAAUAAAUAAAAAUAAUAAAAUAAUAAAGUAAAAAAAAAAUUAUUAAAAUGUUUAAUACUCAUAAACAAUUAACGUAAAUAAAUAUAUAAAUAAAAACUUAUAUAUAAAAAUAAAAUAAAUAAAUGCGUCGCCUGGCGUUUUACAUGUUGACUGUAAUAUACCUGAUGAUGAAUUUUUAAUUCGAAACCGGUCGUAUAAUACACUUAUCAGUUAUCAUAAUACUCCAGGCGAUACAUUUAUUUGUUUUAUUUUUAAAGAUAAAUUUUUAUUCAUAUAUUUAUUUGCUUUAAACAAAAAUAGUUAUUAAAGUUAUCAUUUAAAACUGUUUUAAACUGCAUCGAGUUAGUACAUAUAUCAAGGAAAUUGAUGAAGCAGCAAAUUCGGAAAAAGUGGAAGGGCGAAAUGGAAGGGUUCGGUGGAAACGGCAAAAGACCUACGUGGCACGUAGAAGCUAGAAAAUACGAUUGUUCUUUUGAAAAAAAAGUAUAAAGGCGUUUACAACAUGACUUUUAAUUGAUUGUGUGCCAAUUGAUGUAAUAAGGGACAUAAUAAAAUGAUUUAACGUACCAAUAGUCUUGUAUUCUGUACAUUUGAAAUGUUGUAAAAUACUCUAAAAUAUUGCUCAUGUACUCGUUCGUAUUAAAUAAUGAAUAAAAAAAUUCUAAAAUCAAACCAAGUAAUAAUUUUCGAAAAAGCGUAACUCUUGGAGUUCGAGAAAAACGUUGACUAACCACUUUAGAAAGAUUAUAAUAAAUCAACAUUAUGGAUAAAAGUACAAUACUAUUUGUUAAGGCCAAUGUACGCUUCGUAUAUUAUAUUAGUUUAAUUUAUCUGCACACUGUAAAAAAAUGCCUAUGCCGAUCAGUUUUAAAAUAUUAUUGAUAAAAAACCCAUUGCUUUUUAUACAUUUGUAUUUAAACUUUAUUUGUUUAAUGCUUAUCAUUUUGUUUGUUUGGUUAAAAUUUUGUGUUGUUCGAAUGAUAACACACGGUAUAAUGGUAUGAUAUCAUUAUACCUGUAUUCCAUGUUUAAUUAAGAACUAUAAUAUUUAUUUUUCAGUCAAUGCCCGUAUUUGUUUGUUAUAUAAUAUUGUUUGAUAACGAAAUCAUCUGAUAUUGAUAUUCAUUUUUUAACACUUCGCAUUUAUUUAUUACGUGCCCCAAAUAUUAUUCGUGUUAAAACGAUAUCAUUAUUUAUGGAUAAAAUAACAUUGUUCCAAUCAAAUUCUUCUGUUUAGAAUUAAAAAAAUAAUAAAAAUAAAAUUAAUCAAUUAUUAUACCAUAUCGCAUAAAUAAUUACCCCCCCCACUGUCAAUUAUUAGUGCAAUUAAAACUCAUAUUCUAGUUUUUAUUAGUGCGCUAGUAUUUUCCUAGUAUUUUAAGCUCUAAUGAAGAUACACUGUACUAAGUACGCCAUAUGGGCGAAACAUCCAAAAGUUUCGAAAUUAAAACAAGGCCAAGACAAAUGGAUGCAAUGUCGCCAGAACUAUUUAACCUGGCAUUAGAGCAAGUGAUAAGAAAUAUGAAAGAUAACAAAUCCAUGUAACUAUUAGGGGAGAGGAUCCUGCUAACACACGUAGACGAUAUCAUUAUUCUGAAUGAUGAUCAUGAAUAUUAAUUUCUGUUCGUGUUUAUGUAUGUUGAUGUGCACAGGACUGCACGCGGUUUACCGUUAAAUGGUCAAACCGUGGUUAUAACUUGUUACGCGUUUUACAAGUCGUAACCGCGGUUUUGAAUUUAAACCGGAGGAAUAUUACGGCCGUAGGGAACAAUGACAACAAUAAUAACAAUCGUAACAAUAGUAAAUGGGUCACGGAUAAAAGAAUCGCUUUUUAUGUAUUAUUUACGUUUGUUUCGUUUUUUGUUUUUAGAGUCUGAAAGACGGCCGAGUAAUACCACGCCGCGGUGUACCGGACCGGGCCGAUGGCGGACACCGUCGUUCACCAGACCGGACCGAUGGCGGACAACAGUACAAGCGGCUGCUAUUGCAGCAGUAGCAGCGACGACGACAGCGACGAAGGGGAUAGCGACGGGAGCCAUUCAUCGUCGGGCUGUUCGACCGCCGACGCGGUAGACUGGCAGCCGCUGUCGUCGACGCGACGUCGGCGACCGUCGGACACGGCGACCACGGCGGCUGCGGCCACGGAAUUCGAUCUUUUAGACGCCCGACGCCUGCCGGACCUGUUGGACCCGGAUCGGCUGGUGACCGUGUUGGACAACUGUCUAAGAUCGGAAUUUGUGCGCGGUUGCGUUGUCGAGACGUGGGACACAGUGCUCAGUGACCACUUGGAAUCAAUCGCUCACCUCGUGCUGUACCAAACGCCGGAGCACGCCGUCAGCCAGACUGUGUACGAACAGCUGACCGGUCUUUCGGCGGUGCUCCGACCGCCCCUGCCGCCGAACCACCGACAACCGCAAGCUACACGUCAACCGGAACCGGCCCGGGUGGACGCGGAACGCGUGUACGCCACGCUGAGGUCGGCGGCGCGGUCACUGCUGACCACCCGCGUGGACACGUGCUGCCGGCAAAGCAUGUGCCGAGCCGUAGGGCUGGCUGUGGUCGCACUCCGUUCCAGCACGCGGCCGGUGUUUACGGUCGAAAAUUUCCUCGUCGAGAUCAACGAGGCGGCAAACUUUGCCAACUUGUACUGCACCAGGUACGCCAGACGCAUUUGCGCCGCGCUCAAGGACAUCUACGACACCGUAAUGGCCGGCGACUACCAUCCGAACAACGUGACCGUCCAGAUGGCCGUAAUGGAGAAGAGCAUACAGGCGGCGCUCAGCACGCUGGUCGACGCGCAGGCCACGGGCGAGCAAAAAGCGGUCGCUCAGCGGUCGUUGCUAGCCGAGCUCGACGGCAUCUGCACCACGGUGCGCAUGAAAAACCACGGUUGUCUCGACGACUCGCCGACCGCCGCCGAACAGCUACAGUCGCGACGGAAACAGGAGUACGCCGCGGCGGUGGACGUACGCGAUAUCGGGGUGAACGCGUUCGCCCGUCGGUUCGUCCACUUCACCAUGAGUCCCUGGCGGGCGCCGAUCAGCAUGUACCACCAAAAGUCGCCGGUCAGCGUCGACCAGGUGCUCAAGAACACCGUCCGCCUGAUCGAGACGCUCGUUUCGGAACUGUUCAAACCGUGCCUGAGCAACCGUCACCGUCGGCGCCUGCAACGCUACCGCAGCCGCCACAACCACCAGCUCCACGACAAACAGCUGUAGUGUGGCCCCUCACUCUCACCCGCCUCCCACUCACUACCCCCCUAGAUUCCUGUAGUCGCUUCAUUUUGUUAAUAUUAUUAUUUUUAUUAAUACCAUUAUACUUAUCAUCAUUCGUUACGUUAUUAAGUUAGGAGAUUUUUUUUUUUUUUAUAGUUUUUUUUUUUUUUUACGACGAACUAUUGUUCUACGGUUACGUCAUUUAAUUCGAUAUCAUGUAAAUAUUACUUACCUAUCAUUAUUACUAUUUUUAUUAUUUUUACCAUUAUUGUUUGUAAAUAUCGUAAUUCUUUACGUACGUGUGUGAGCACAGAUCAGACCGAUUUCGGGCGAUUAGCAGAAUGCCGCAACUCGAAAUUUUUACAUAUUUCAAUUAAUUUCCAUUCGGAUCGUUUUUAAACCAAACGUAACGGUUUUCGUUAUUUGAAUGUCUUUCGCGAAUCUCUGUAUAUGCGCAUUAUCUUUACUGUUGAAAUUUAUCAACCGAGUAGCUUAAAAUCGAACUGACCUAAUCUCCGAGUAAACAUAAACGUAUGAACGAUUAAAAAUUGCAAUCAGUUAUUCGAAAGUUCAAUUACGUUUAGAUACUUGGUUUAACUUUAAUAACUUUACAUUUUUUUUUUUUUUAGUCUGCCAGUCUAGUGAGUACAAAAAGCGCGAUAUUUCAUCGAUUAAAUAUUAUGUACAUUGCGAUAGACGAUUUAUAAUUAUAAUAUAUUUUCAGCGAGUUAUAACCUAUGUCCGUAUAUUUUUAAUAUUAUUUGCCUGUGCAUGUAAGGUAUAUUUAUGAAAAAAAAAAAGGGUUUUACAAAUGGCGUUUAUCUUAUUGACAGUUUUAAAUUUAAACCGAACAAAUUUGGCCAAACAAACUUCAAACCGUGUAUGUUACACGAAACUCGAGUACACCAGAUUUACAUCAAUUUUAGUAGUAGUAGGCGACGUGUGUAAAGUUAUUAAAAUGCCGCCACAGCGAGAUUUACGGGUUCUGUCAUUUUAACAGACGAAACAGCAAAAACGUGUUCACGCUACACAAACGGAAAAGCUUUUAAAAUCGUUUUUUUUUUUUUUAAGGAUUUAGUACUUAUUUUAUGAUAGUUAAGUUUUUAUAACUUUUAGAUGACAAUAUUUUGAUGAUAACCACGUUGCCGUUUUUUGAAAUAUUAAUUAUUUAAAUGGAAAAAAAAUAUAGUAAAACACGAUUUUUGUGUACCUCCAAUAACAAGAUGAAUAUUUAUGAUACAUAUAACUAAAAGAUGUUAUUGAUUGCGUUUUUUAGAAUUUGUAAUAAAUCGUAUUAGGUUUCAUUCGACC